AUGAUAGAUGCAGGUGAAGAUGCUUUCGGAAAAGGACGUUUAGUAGCUAGUCUGGAUUCUCCAACUAAAGAACGUGUUCAGACUAUAAUUCUUCAAAAAAAUAUCCUAGCACGGUUUGUUACCCUUGCCCUUCAGAAUGAAGGGCAGGAACUUCGAUUCCGAGAGGUAGAAAUCUACAAUGGUCCCUUGCUAGCUAUUGAUGAAUGUAAAAAACCUAAUAUUUGUCCAAGCGACUUGAAAUGUGUGGAUGGGAAGAAAUCCCCUGCAUGUGUGUGCCCUGAUGGAUUCAGAAUGAUUGGAUCUAACAAAUGUGAAGAUGCUAACGAAUGCGAAGAUCCGAGCCGGAACAGAUGUGGAGGUACAGCUGUGUGUGUUAAUACAGUGGGUUCUUACAACUGCACCUGUAAGCAGGGACACAAGUUCGACGAAAAUGACCUUGAAUGUAAAGAUAUUAACGAAUGUGAAAAUCCGCUCUGGAACAAGUGUGGAGAUACAACUACGUGUGUCAAUGUACCAGGUUCUUACAAGUGCUCCUGCAGAGAGGGAUAUAAGCUUCAAAUAAGUGACCUUAAAUAUCAAUGUAAAGAUAUCGAUGAAUGCGCAACAAAAGAUUCAUGUCAUGUGGACGCCUCGUGUUAUAACACCCCUGGUUCUUACAAAUGCACGUGUUACCGUGGAUUAGGUGGAGAUGGCUACAAGUCCUGCUCAAGACUACCUCCCUGCUCCAAUGGCCAGUGCAAUGAGAAUGCAAUUUGUAAAGAUUUCAAUGGCAAUUACCUUUGUGAAUGCAGAGGAGGCUACUAUUUCAAUGGAAAGAUGUGCGUUGAAAUAAAUGAAUGCAAAUUGAACAAAGAUAUCUGUGGUUCAAAUUCCGUUUGUUCAAAUACUUGGGGAUCUUACCGCUGCAACUGUGAAGUUGGCUUCGAGAGUAGAAAUGGCGAUGGGAAAAACUGUUCCGAAAUCGAUGAAUGCGAGAAACGGGAGAUAUGUGGUGAUUCAGCAACUUGUGAGAACACUGUAGGGUCAUACAAAUGUAAAUGCCCGGAUGGAUUUACUUUCGAUACAAAAACAAGGACAUGUGCGGAUCUUGAUGAGUGCACGAUUAGUCAGUCGUGUAAUCCCAACAUGAUUUGUACAAACACAUUUGGAUCAUAUACCUGUAGCUGUCGCCAAGGGUAUCGUUCAGACAAAAUGCAAUGUGCUGAAAUCGAUGAAUGCCAGGAAGAAAGAUACGACUGCCCCAAGUUCUCAAGAUGUAAAAACCAAAAUGGCGGCUAUGAAUGUCUCUGCAAAGAAGGUUACAGAAAGGCAUCAGAUGGAACUUGUUCAGAAAUUUGUAGUCCAGAGUGCGAAAACAAUUCAUAUUGUCAGGAUGGAAAGUGUCUGUGCAAGAGGGGCUUUUCUAUGGGCUUGGACUUCACAUGUAAAGCAGCUCCAGCUUUUGUUGAAUCCUCAGGCGUUUCACUCCAUACUCGUGUUUUGUUCCUUAUGAUUGCGAUUCUGUGGUUCCUGGUCCUGCUGUGGCUCAUGGUACUGCUUUGAAAAAAAAAACUUAUCCCAUUUUAUGGCUUCUUGACGUUCUAUUUUUAUUAUUACAUAUUGAAACUUCAAUACGCUGGAUGAAUGAUCAAAUCAAGAUUUUGAAAACCAGGAAACAAAACUGAAGUGACGUGAAAUCAUAUUAAAACCUUGUAACGAUGUUGUCAUCUGAAGACCAAAAACUUGUUUAUCUCAGGAAAAAAAAAUUGUUUAUCUCAGGAAAAAAAAACUUAUUUAUCUCAGGAAAAAAAACUUGUUUAUCUCGGGAAAAAUAAACAACCUCAAUUUUCUGCUUCA